ACCAUGCAGUCACUGCAGACCUGUACCGUCCUGCUGGUUCUGAGUGUUCUGAUUGGCCUGUCCUGGUCUCUGAACCCAAGGGAUCCCAACGUGUGUAGCCUAUGGGAGAGGUAAGUCAGUGUAGCUCAUGUCAUUUCAUUGUACCAGAAUAGAAGAGAGCACAUUUUUUGUUUAUACUGUUUAGUGUGUGAGAAAGAAGUAGAAGUAUAACUAACUUGUUGUUCGUUGUUGCACUUAUCAUUGAAUAUGUAGCACUUGGCUCAAAAUAUGAACUUCAGGUUGUCUCAACUCUAGACCAUGAUGGGUCCUGUUAGAAAUUGCAUAAUUCAAAUCUGGUAUUGGAAUAAGAGAAAACAUAAUCAAGAGAUAUUCAAUCCAAGCUAAAUUUAUUAUAUGCAAAAUGUAUGUAUGAUAAGUAUGUUGGUUCGUAUACGGGCUCACUGAAAUACCACGCAGGGCAGACAGAGAACUAAUCCAUUGUUACAGGUUCUUCUUCAAAUACUCUGACAGAGAUAUUUCCCACUCCCUGCUGGCCAAUCAGAGUAGAGACUGAGCGUGGUUUAGACUUACUCAGCCAAUCCGUUGGCGCACAGGCUAGUCCCAGCCUCUUGGCUCUCCACUUGUUGCACACUGUUGCCAGGCAUACGUUUUUAUCAUAACAACCUGUGGAGUCAGCACCCAAAAGACACCAUUCCACUGUACUACGUUCAAGGACGGUUCACAGACAACAAAGAGGCAGUGUUCGUAUCUGUGAGAAAUACAAGUCUUAUCUAUAAGAAAUACAAGUUUUAUCUCAUCCUAGCCCCUAACGUUCCUCACAUGAAUCACAGCCUGUUAUGUGAAACAAUUCAUAUCAGUACAGUAUAAACCUUUUAUGCUUUAAUCAUUAAUGCAUUCUUUGUAAGUUAGUCAUCCCAUCCAGUUAUGAGAAAAUAGAACCCCACAGUCCGUUCUGUCAAUGUAUUGCAUUUGCCUAUUAUUAUGUCUUGAGUACAUUUUGUCCUUUCAUGCAGCUUCACAACCUCAGUGAAGGAGUCGUACGCCCACCCUUAUGACCAGGUGACAGAGGAACCUUGCUCUGAGCCACGCACCUCCUACAGAUGCACCCGUCACAGGUAACACAGUCUGCCGACUCACUUCCUGUCUACUUCCUGGUUCUGUCCAUAAGGUCAGGGGGUAACAGGAAGGAUUCUCUAUUUGACUUUGUGUUGGCCAGGAUCACCUAUAAGACAGCAUACAGACAGGCGGUGAAGAUGGACUACCGCCGGAGGUACCAGUGUUGCCCUGGCUACUACGAGAGCAGAGACAAAUGUGUCCGUAAGUUUAACGCCAUAGCUUUUCUUUAUUACCAUAUCAAAGCUAACUUAGAAGAUUCAUCAGUAGCAUUUCAAUUAAUUAAAUAUAGACAUAUUUUGCCAUUGAUUUCUAGAAUUCAUCCUAUUUUGUGCUUGGUUGCUGAGUUGGUUACAUUCUGGAGAGUAGACAUGCAUGACCUUCGAGUCUACUAAAGAGUGUGUUUGUGUGUGUUUUUCAUCACUAGCCCGCUGUACUAAGGAGUGUGUCCAUGGGAGAUGUGUUGCUCCAGACCGCUGCCAGUGUGAGGGAGGCUGGCGUGACGACGACUGCUCCAGUGGUGCGUUACAUCAACACACACACACACACACACUGCAGGAUAUGACAGGUGACCAUUACUCAAAAACUGAUCCUCACACACAACACUCAGUCACACAUAGGGCUUUCCAAUGGAAACAGCAAGGGACCAUUACCAAAUAAACAGUGAUGCGUCAUUGAAGUAAGCCACAGCCCAGAAAACAGUUUAUUAGACCAGGAGGACACUAUGUCCCACUCCCUCCCCUUCCUGCCACUUGCCAUUUUGUACUACAUCAAGUAUGUAACAGUGUAUAGUGCGUAUACUGCAUGCUUAGACCCAGGACCCGGGAUGUAAAUCAAUAUUUUCCGUAUUCUGCAAGUAUACACUUUUGGAAUCAAAUGCAAAAAAAAUUAUAGUUUGCAUAUUAAUUAAAAUAGCUUUAUCUUAGCACAUUAUUAAUGUUUUACAUUUUAUUUAUCCCAGAAACAUUUUAUUAACCCAGAAACUCCCAGUUAAUCAAUGCCAGUGUUCUUCUGAACUCAACCAGGUCACUAGUACAGUGCUGAAUAGAGGGCUUAACUUAAGCUGGUGGUGUAUGAUGCCUUCAGAGGGGAUGAUGGGAAGGGGAAAUGGAAAAUGUUACCCCUCUCCCUAUUUUUCCUCACUCUCCUUCUCUCUCUGGGUAAACGAGUGCUGGCCUUGGCACCAUACUGCUGAGGCCUAUAAUAAAGCUCACUGGCAGAAUAAGAGCUGACACUUAGAUGCCUGUGUGUUGAGCUAGCUGUGGGAAAUGAGAGAGAGGAUGAGGUUUAGCACUGAGAGCUGAGAGAAAGACAAGAGGAAGAGGGAGAGCGCUAGAGACAGAGAGAGAGAGAGAAGUGGACAGAGACAACGAGAGAGGAAGAUAGAGAUAAUUAAAUAAAUGUAGUUUAAUAAGAGGUCGUUGGGGAAGAGAGAUUGUGAUGGAAUAGUUUAUGUUGGGUGAGGUUGGGGGGUUUAGAUACAGAAAAGAUGACUGGUUGAGUUUUGAUGCUUAAGAACAGAGUGAUAUACUCUAGAAGGGUGUGGGGGAAAGAAGGGUGUGGGGGAAAGAAGGAUGUGGUUCAGUUAGAUAUGUGGGAGAUAAUGCUGUUGUUGGAUGCAGACGAGACCUCCACCACCACUCGGACAAUACACUUGGGGAAAGAGAGGAAUUUUCCCACCAUAUCUUAAUGCAUUCCAUUUACAGUAACAAUGGAGACUUGCCAUUUUAAAGAGCGCAUCAAUCGAAAAAAUGUCACUUUAGAACCUUGAUCAGAUAUAAACAACACAUGGACCAUUUCUGUGAGAACAGGUCUGGGUUCUGUUAUAAGUUGGGUAAGUGCAGAGGCUUGGGCACAGCCAGCUGGUCCUAGCACAGCUAUUCAAAGCCUAGGUGUCCAAUCCAUCACGUUUCACUCACCCACACUCAUGGCUGGCCUUGUCAGGCCUGGACUAUGAUAGCAGAUAGUAGAAGGACUAGUAAACUGCAGGUCCUUUACUAAAUCUCCAUUGCCGUCCUGGAGAACGCCUGUGUAAACAUUAUUGCUGCUCCAGCUGAGCUUCCCAUAACUCAAUGUGACACACACUCGAACUGCAACCUCUCAGCGUCUCUCGCCCACACGGAAUGAGUAAAUGUUUGAUUCAUUUAAACAAAGAAAAUAGAAAAGGGUCCUGUUCUGAGUUAGAGUAAUAAACAUGUCUCUGCUAUGUGGUAGUUUUAGCUCUAAACCCUAAUUUGGCCAUACUGUACCCUCCAUUUAAUUGUCAAAGAAGUCCUGCUUGAAACUGUGACACAGUACAUACUGUAUGUUACUGAAGGAAAGAGAGGUGGGUGGAAGAUCUCAUUAUAAACUACGUAGAAAGGGUACAGUUCCUGUAGAAAAUGUGUGUGCUUGCUUCAGCUGUCUAAAAGUAUUUUUUAUCAUAGUGGAAGUAGUAGUAGUUUUUACUGCAGUAGUAGUUGUGACUGAAGCAAGCACACUAGAAUCCAUAUAGAACAGUACGAUUUGUUUGUGAUCAUUCACACUGUAUGUCAUUCCCCACAAACCUCAAUGAGACAAUGAAGUAUCAAUCCAUCAUUGAAUGGUUGUCAUCAUGAUUGUGGGGCGGCAGGUAGCUUAGUGGUUAAGAGCGUUGUGCCAGUACCCGAAAGGUCGCUGGUUCUAAUCCCUGAGCCGACUAGGUGAAAAACCUGUCGAUGUGCCCUUGAGCAAGGCACUUAACCCUAAUUGCUCCUGUAAGUCGCUCUGGAUAAGAGCGUCUGCUAAAAUGUAAAUGUAAUGAUAGUUAGUGAGAUCAUCACUUGUGUGCAAAGCUUCAGUUACAUCACCCAUAUUGGAUAUCUUUUUUUCCCUUGAAUGGGGUUUGCGCCCCAGUCAGUCCACGUUAUUGAUGAGACAUUGGAGGAGUCAGUGUGUGUCCAUGUGGGAUCCUGGUUUUCAUGGAAUCAGGAAUGAUCCCCCUGACGCUCUUUAACUCUGAUUGAAAUCCAAACCUUGUGCGAUUCACCGGUUGGCGAUAACCACCAGAGCCAUCCCGAAAGGCCACUGUAAAAUUCCCAAUUUGAACCUCAUCCAUCUUGUUGGCUCCAUGCAAAUCGCCCUGUCAAUCGUGAAUCACAAGUCGGUAACAUGAGAUUCAUGAGCUAGUAGGGCUAGAGUUGGACAUUGACUAUGUCUCUGUUUGUUGGAAAUUCAUGACUAUACAUGGAUAGAUAUAUUGUCCCUGGGGGAGUGAUCUUUACCAUUGUCUUCUACUCUGGUUCCUGUGCUGUUGUUUUUGGGUUGAAACAUGACAGUCCCAGUGGUCCAAAUGGAAUAGAAUAUAAUUGGAUUUGUUUUUGUUCAUGUGCAUUGCAAUGAAAUCACAUACAGUAUACAGUGUAUCACCAUGCAACUACAUCAGGUUAGGUUAAUAUAAGGAAAACCUCCUUCAGAGAUAUCAGAUGGAAAACAAUGUACACUGGUCCACUAGUCCACUGGUUUAUCCAUACAUGUAUAUGAUUACAUAUAUUUUGUUGCAUGGGGUUUAUUUUUUGAUGUGUCUGUUAUCAUCUGUGUCUGUGUGUGUCUUCCAGCCUGCGAUGACAAACACUGGGGUCCAGGUUGUGGUCAGCUGUGUAAGUGUGAGAACGGUGGCCUGUGCAAUCCUGUGACCGGUACCUGCCAGUGUCCUCCAGGCUACAUUGGGCGCCGCUGUGAGGACCCCUGCCCACCAGGCACCUUUGGCAAGGGCUGUCUUCAGAAGUGCCAGUGUGGAACUGGGGGUUCCUGUGAUAAAGUGACCGGAGAGUGCCUGUGUCGAGAAAGUUUCACUGGGACAUUGUGAGUAGUAGAAGUAACACUCUCUCAAAUAGGCCUACAGCUAUAUGUAUAAAUAUAAAGUAAAUUGUAUGUUAAGGUUGGAAAGACAAAAUGCGGGGGCAGUAGACUAAUUGUUAUACCAUAUCCUAUGGCCUUAUUCCAUCCUUCCAAUGCAGGAAAAGAGCCCCUCUUGAAACACUAGGUUAGAGCAUGAGUCAUUAGUUACAGCCUGUGUUUUAGAUGCCCUUGAGGAUGAGUAGAGAACUACUAGCUAUUAGUGGAAACUCUUUAUAUGAGGCAGCUGCCAAUGUCAGAAAACCGCACAGCACUCUAACAGUCCAAGGACCACCCACCAAAAAUGUGUUGUUCCGUGACCCAGGAAGCAAAACUGCAAAAUGUCAACAACUAAGUAGAUAAACUUAUGAAUAUGAACACUGUGUGGUUCAAAACUUGUAAAAGUUGCACUUUAAUUUAUUAUUUUUUAUCAAAGAAAUCAUAGCGCAUCUUGGGUAAUAUCCCUAGCAACGUUCCGACAUUGGUAUGUUUCGCCUUGGUUACUUUUGUUGCACGCUGGCGCACAAAACACAUAACUUUUGUGCGUUCGGUGUUUGUCCGUGCAUAAGCCCAAGCAACACAUAUUGCCGGUCCUUCACUGAUCCAGAUGAACCUGUAUAAGGCAUUUUGGCAGCUGUAUUUAGCUUACAAGGGCCAUCAUUGCGUUUGCCUGCUAGCCAUACUAAAGACAGCACAGCGUUUUCUAGCUAACACAGCUCUCAAAACAUUCAAGGUCCCGACAGCUACAUAAUGCGCUGUUCUGGCAUCUGAGAAAAAAAUCAAUUUAGCACCUUUCAACAGCUUCCUACCUCAUAUUAUUCCGUGAUUUUUCCGGUCCGGUACAUAAGUUGCUUCUGCAAGCAUGGACAACGGAACUUGUGUAACAAGGUUAACAUGGCAACCUCAUUAUGUUGCUAGAGGAAAUUACCCAAAAUGCGCGAUGAUUUUGAAAUUGUACCUUUUGAUUUAUAAUAUUUAAGCAAUAUGCAACUUUUACAAGUUUUGAACCACACAGUGUUCAUACUCAUACAAUUAUCUACGUAAUGAUGUUGAAACUUUGUUGAAGUUUUGUUUCCUGGGUCACAGAAUGCCUUUUCUGAAGCCUUUUUUUGGUGGGUGGCACUUUGACUAUAAGAAAUAGUAGAAGUGUAUGGCAAUGUACCACUACUGAUCAAUUCUACCGUGUACAGUUGAGUAUUUGUUGCAAGUGCAGUCAUUUUAUUUGUCCUUAAACAACUUUCUCUGUAUGUUUAUGCACUGUGUCGCAAAGAGAUUCCACUAAAUUGAAAAAGAUAGGAACACCUUAACUUGUACCCUAAAUUAAAAUCUCUACACAACCUGAGUUGACCUGCCACUCAGAGUUAUUUCCUCCAUGUUCCUCAGCUGUGAGAAGGCAUGCCCAAGGAGUCGAUGCCCGCUGCGAUGCCCAUGCCAGAACGGGGGCAUCUGCCAGGGGAAGGGGAUCUGUGCGUGCCCCCCUGGGUGGACGGUACGUUUCCUGAUCCCUACACUGACUCAAACACAGCAUCAGUGGGUCAACAUGGAAAUCUUUGUCUUUUGAGGUUAUCAAUCUGAUCCCUGUUUUAAUGUCAUCGUACUAUGUUCACUCUCUCUAUUUCUCUUUCUCUCCUCUCUCUCUAUCUCUCCCUCUCUCUCAGGGUGAGGUGUGUACAGAGCGCUGUGCAGAGGGCAGGUAUGGUCCUAACUGUGCCCAGGAGUGUGUUUGUCACAACAGGGGCCACUGCGACCCUGAGACAGGCCAGUGCCAGUGUGCUGAAGGCUUCACUGGAAACAGGUGUGUGUGUUUAUCUAACUCACUGCAGUAGAGACAUAUAUCUGCAAUAUACUCAACCUGCACCCAUGGUUGGGUCUAAGUUGUUUAUAUCAUACAGUUCAUGUAUCUUUCCUUCAUAAUAUUAAAUAAGAUACAUAUAGAAUAGUUUCUGAUACAGUUCAAGCCAGAGAUAUGUUAUUCCACUUUGGUUUCGGAGCAUGUCCUGAUUUGUGUGUAUGUGUUGUAUCUCCACAGGUGCAGUGAGGAGUGUCAGGUGGGUAGUUACGGGCGGGACUGUAAGGGUUUGUGUGACUGUGCCAACGGGGCUCGCUGCUAUAACAUAGAUGGAGGCUGUCUGUGUGAGUCUGGCUUCAAAGGACCCCAGUGCAGAGAGAGGAUGUGUACGCACGGCACCUAUGGCCUUCACUGUGAACGCACCUGCCUCUGCCACGAUACACACACACUCAGGUAUGGAUCAACAAAGGGUACACACACACACUGCCACACAUAACAACUCACACACAUACACACACACAAACCCAUAAUAGUUUUUAAAUGAUUUUGUUGUUUAUAAUUCUUAGAUUAGUUUAAUUCCGUAUUAAUUGUGCUCACCCAUGUGACCAUAUUUUCCUCUGUACAUUGGCCAGCUGUCACCCACUGAAAGGCGAGUGCACGUGCCAGCCAGGCUGGGCGGGGCUUUACUGCAACGAGACCUGCUCCCGUGGUUACUACGGCCAUGGUUGCCUGGAGCCCUGCCUGUGUGUCAACGGAGGGGUGUGUGACAGUGUGAGCGGGCGCUGCCACUGUACCCCUGGGUACACGGUGAGUGAUUAGGACGGGCAGAACUAAAUGGGGCACAGGAUGGCACUGACAAUAACUAAAGUAUAAUUUAUUUGGGUUAUUUACUUAAGAUAAUAUACAGUGGGGAAAAAAAGUAUUUAGUCAGCCACCAAUUGUGCAAGUUCUCCCACUUAAAAAGAUGAGAGAGGCCUGUAAUUUUCAUCAUAGGUACACGUCAACUAUGACAGACAAAUUGAGAUUUUUUUUCUCCAGAAAAUCACAUUGUAGGAUUUUUAAUGAAUUUAUUUGCAAAUAAUGGUGAAAAUAAGUAUUUGGUCACCUACAAACAAGCAAGAUUUCUGGCUCUCACAGACCUGUAACUUCUUCUUUAAGAGGCUCCUCUGUCCUCCACUUGUUACCUGUAUUAAUGGCACCUGUUUGAACUUGUUAUCAGUAUAAAAGACACCUGUCCACAACCUCAAACAGUCACACUCCAAACUCCACUAUGGCCAAGACCAAAGAGCUGUCAAAGGACACCAGAAACAAAAUUGUAGACCUGCACCAGGCUGGAAAGACUGAAUCUGCAAUAGGUAAGCAGCUUGGUUUGAAGAAAUCAACUGUGGGAGCAAUUAUUAGGAAAUGGAAGACAUACAAGACCACUGAUAAUCUCCCUCGAUCUGGGGCUCCACGCAAGAUCUCACCCCGUGGGGUCAAAAUGAUCACAAGAACGGUGAGCAAAAAUCCCAGAAUGGGACCAAAGUAACAAAGCCUACCAUCAGUAACACACUACGCCGCCAGGGACUCAAAUCCUGCAGUGCCAGACGUGUCCCCCUGCUUAAGCCAGUACAUGUCCAGGCCCGUCUGAAGUUUGCUAUUUGGAUGAUCCAGAAGAGGAUUGGGAGAAUGUCAUAUGGUCAGAUGAAACCAAAAUAGAACUUUUUGGUAAAAACUCAACUCGUCGUGUUUGGAGGACAAAGAAUGCUGAGUUGCAUCCAAAGAACACCAUACCUACUGUGAAGCAUGGGGGUGGAAACAUCAUGCUUUGGGGCUGUUUUUCUGCAAAGGGACCAGGAGACUGAUCCGUCUAAAGGAAAGAAUGAAUGGGGCCAUGUAUCGUGAGAUUUUGAGUGAAAACCUCCUUCCAUCAGCAAGGGCAUUGAAGAUGAAACGUGGCUGGGUCUUUCAGCAUGACAAUGAUCCCAAACACACCGCCCGGGCAACGAAGGAGUGGCUUCGUAAGAAGCAUUUCAAGGUCCUGGAGUGGCCUAGCCAGUCUCCAGAUCUCAACCCCAUAGAAAAUCUUUGGAGGGAGUUGAAAGUCCGUGUUGCCCAGCGACAGCCCCAAAACAUCACUGCUCUAGAGGAGAUCUGCAUGGAGGAAUGGGCCAAAAUACCAGCAACAGUGUGUGAAAACCUUGUGAAGACUUACAGAAAACGUUUGACCUGUGCCAACAAAGGGUAUAUAACAAAGUAUUGAGAAACUUUUGUUAUUUUCCACCAUAAUUUGCAAAUAAAUUCAUUAAAAAUCCUACAAUGUGAUUUUCUGGAUUUUUUUUCCUCAUUUUGUCUGUCAUAGUUGACGUGUACCUAUAAUGAAAAUUACAGGCCUCUAUCAUCUUUUUAAGUGGGAGAACAUGCACAAUUGGUGGCUGACUAAAUACUUUUUUUCCCCACUGUACAUGCAUGCAGAAAUGUAUACUCAUACUUCAUAUAUUCUGCUUUUCUUCUGUUGUGAGCUGUUAUAACCUGCUUAUGUCUGUUGCGUAGGGUGUUCACUGUGAGAGUCCCUGUAAGAGUGGUACCUAUGGGAAGAACUGUUCUCUGGAGUGCUCCUGCUCCAACUCAGUGGACUGCUCUCCAAUUGAUGGGACCUGCUUCUGCAAAGAGGGUGAGUAACUGAUAGAGACAGUCUGACUGACAGAUAUUAGUCAUAAUAUCUCUACUCAGAUGGGACAAACAAACACACAGACAUACUCAACGGUGUGUAUGUCUGUGGCUACCUUAUUGUAUGAACAAGUCAGUUAGGGCUCGAUUCCAUCUAGCGGUGACUGCAUUCACGGUAAACGGUGCAUAUGUCGGCUCAAUAGGAAAUUACGUUUAAAUUUAGAUCGUGCAAUUUGUAACGCUUCAGCGACACAGAUGGAAUCGAGCCCUAAAUAUGCACCGUUUACCGUGAAUGCAGUCACCGCUAACGUGGGAACAUUCCCUUUAAAUUUCAAUGACGCUGUAACACUGAACUUCAGCGAUACAGAUUGAAUCAAGCCGUAGGUCUCAGAAGCAGACUUGUAUUUUGUUCCAAAAUGGCUGCUCCUCUUUACAAAAAGACCGUUAGACAAACAUACAGGCUGACAGACACAGACAUGUAUGAUUCCUCUACAAUAUGUCCGUAUCUGUUUCUCUCCAGGCUGGCGAGGGCGGUACUGCUCCAUACCCUGCUCUAAGGGCACCUGGGGCCCUGGCUGUAACGCCACGUGCCAGUGCGCCAAUGGGGCAUUGUGUAACCCAGCAGACGGAUCCUGCAGUUGUACUCCAGGCUGGCAGGGGCCCCUGUGCGACCAACCAUGCCCCGUAAGUGCCAGUGUAAUACUGUAGCUAUAACGUUUGUUAAAAGGUAACAUAAUCUAACAUAACAUAAGCCUAAUGUGAUUUUUUUCAAUGCAUAGAUUAGUAAUGUUACUCACACUAUAAUCACUGUCUUUAUCUCUUUACUGUAGCUCAUUCUGUGCAUCCAUAAGCCUAUAUUCUGGACUACCCCUUAUCUUCAGUCCUCCUUUUCCUCAAUGAGAUUAAUCUGCCAGCUAUGAUGCAUUUACAGUGUAUCUUGCCAAAGUACAGUUUGCUUGACUCUUGACUGUGCUGGCCAAAUGGUUCAGGAAUUCCCUUGACGAUGCUUUCGCUGUUGGCAUGUGUUUGCUGUACAGAUGGGCACGUUCGGGCCAGGCUGCCUGAAGAGGUGUGACUGCCUACACGCAGACGGCUGCCAGGGUGUCAGCGGGCAGUGCCAGUGUCUGCCAGGGUGGACUGGUAAGCACCGACGCCCCCGUUGAGUUUGUACCAGCUUGGAUGUGGACCUGGAAAUUAGUCAGUCCAAUGUGAUCUACAGGUUUUAAUCUCUCUCUCUCUCUCUCUCUCUUCUCUCUCUCUCUCUCUCUCUCUCUCUCUCUCUCUCUGUCUGUGUGUCCUCUCUCUCGCUCUCUCUGUCUGUCUCUCUCUGUGUGUGUCUCGCUCUCUGUCUGUCUGUCUUGUUUGUGCCUCUCUCUCCUAGGUGCCCGCUGUGCCCAGACAUGCCCAGAGGGUUCAUGGGGACGUCGCUGUAACCAGAGCUGCUUCUGUCAGAACAGCGCCACCUGUCUGCCACACAGCGGUGCCUGCGUCUGUCUCCCCGGUUACUGGGGACCCACCUGUCAACAUAGUGAGUACAGAAAAUGAUAUUGUUGCCUUUAUGAAUAAGUAGAAAAUGCUAAGUUGAAUGUUAAGUUGCUAAAUUGUUAUGCAUCAUCAUAAUCUCUCUCUUUCUCUCAGUGUGCAGUGCGGGUGUGUAUGGUGACCAGUGCAGUAUAACGUGCCCGUCCUGUGCCCACUCCUCCUCCUGCCACCAUAUCACAGGCCAGUGUGUGUGUACCCCAGGGUACACUGGAGCCCUUUGUGAACAAGGUCAGCACUAACCCAUAUCUCACCUAUAGUCAAACUAGCAAACAUAUAGAAGACCCGCAGCAUCUUGGCAUACUUUAGUGCUUUACAUGUUGAAUUUUUUAUGUGUGUAUUAUAUUUAACCUUGACAUGUGUUUUGGUGUAAUUCCUAGCCUGUCCCAGUGGGUCUCUAUGGUAAGCAGUGUACUGGAGUGUGUAGAUGUGCCCACAACUCAUCGUGCCACCAUCAGGACGGGUCCUGCCACUGCCCCCCAGGAUGGACAGGCCCUGACUGUACUUUACGUAAGUCUGGCUCAAUGGAUUUUGAAGUAAAAUAUACUGUAUCACAACAUAUGCCCAACUUGACCUUUGCUGAUUGAAAUCAAUGAACAAUUGUAUAAAGACUUCAAAUUCAUUAUGAGUCAUACUUUUAAUCUCCGCCUAUGUCUCUAGAAUGCCAUCCUGGGAUGUUUGGCCUUAACUGUGGCCCAAGUCUGCUCCUGCCCACCCAACUUCUACUGCGACCCACAGACAGGGGAGUGUGUGUGUGAGUCAGGACCAGGGAUCGACUGCAGAAAAGGUAUGGUAUGGUCUCCCCUUUACCCAAUGAACAGUUACUAACCAUACAUCUGUUUACAAGCUAGUAAUGACAUACUGUUGGCCAUAGCUACCAGACUAUAAUAGUUGUUUAUUGAGUUGUCUAUUGAAUCUACUACAAUCCAGUUAAAUAAGACGGUAAUGACACUUUGGUUAUUGUCUAUCUAAGGCCAAUCCAGCAUUAAGCAUUGUUAUGGUGAUGACUGGAUGGUCUGUGACGGUGAUGACCCAUGUUCUCUGUGCACCGCAGAACGCUUUGUGAGUAUGAUGGUGCCCGUGUCCCCGGGGGAGAGGGACUCGUGGGGGGCCAUCGCGGGCAUCGUGGUGCUGGUCAUCCUGGUGGUGCUGCUGCUGGCCCUGCUACUGCUGUACCGCCGCCGGCAGAAAGACAAGCAAGCCAACACACCAACAGUCUCCUUCUCCACCUCACGCACGGUCAACUCCGAAUACGCAAUACCAGGUACUGUAUUGAUACAGCAUUGAUUUAAACAGAUGAUAAAAAAACGAAUGUUUACGAAUAGUUUGACCACAUAAUGUAUCCAUACUGUAGUUUUAGGUUAGGAUUCAUACACAGUAAUGUAUUUUAUGUCCCUGCUUGCUCCUCAGAUGUUCCUCACAGCUACCACCACUACUACUCCAACCCCAGCUACCACACACUGACUGGGGGCAGACCCCCUCUACCACACGUCCCCAACAACCAGGACCGCGCCAUCAAGGCAAGUGUCAUAACCGUCAUCUCCGCCUCGAGUCAACUCUGUUAUAUACUUUAUACUGGAUACACUUGUUGUUUGAGAGGAGCUGUAUGAUUUCUGAUUGGUUAAUAUUGGUGUCUUUUAAACAGAACACCAAUAACCAGCUCUUCUGUAACGUGAAGAACAUGGAGAGGGAGAGAGGGCGAGGCCUGUUUGGGGUGGAGAGCAAUGCUACUUUGCCUGCAGACUGGAAACACCAUGAGGCUCGCAAAGAACCAGGUCUUUUUUACUGCCUGUUUCAAACUCUGCCCGUUCUUCGCCAACUUUCAUCCUCAGCCGUUUCAUCACCUGGUAUUGAUUUAACACCAAGACAGGCUAUUUGUCUUUUAUGAGUUUGCUAUAAAUAAAAUAGAUUAUGCCAAAUAUGUGUUUAAUGUUUACAGGAGCUUUCAGCAUUGACCGCAGUUAUAGCUACAGUGCCAGCCUUGGGAAAUAUUACAACAAAGGUAGUUUUCCAUGCUUCCUAUAUCCCUUUUCUCCUUCAUUUCCAGCAAUUCCAAGUUAACAUGAAAUAUGCUUGCUUUUCUCUAGAACUAUUCUAGGCAACAUUUCCAUCAAUCCAUUUUCACACCAGCCUUCCUUUCAGUUCAGACAUAAAUAAUGUCUGAACUGUCGACCCAUCACCAGAUUACAAGCUACAGUGGCUUGCGAAAGUAUUCACCCCCCUUGGCAUUUUUCCUAUUUUGUUGCCUUACAACCUGGAAUUAAAAUUGAUUUUUUUUCAUUUGAUUUACACAACAUGCCUACCACUUUGAAGAUGCUAAAUAUUUUUUCUUGUGAAACAAAACAAGAAAUAAGACCAAAAAAAUGGAAAACUUGAGAGUGCAUAACUAUUCAUCCCCCCCAAAGUCAAUACUUUGUAGAGCCACCUUUUGCAGCAAUUAAAGCUGCAUGUCUCUUGGAGUAUGUCUCUAUAAGCUUGGCACGUCUAGCCACUGGGAUUUUUGCCCAUUCUUCAAGGCAAAACUGCUCCAGGUCCUUCAAGUUGGAUGGGUUCCGCUGUUGUAUAGCAAUCUUUAAGUCAUACCACAGAUUCUCAAUUGGAUUGAGGUCUGGGCUUUGACUAGGCCAUUCUAAGACAUUUAAAUGUUUCCCCUUAAACCACUUGAGUGUUGCUUUAGCAGUAUGCUAAGGGUCAUUGUCCUGCUGGAAGGUGAACCUCCGUCCCAGUCUCAAAUCUCUGGAAGACAAACAGGUUUCCUUCAAGAAUUUCCCUGUAUUUAGCGUCAUCCUUCAAUUCUGACCAGUUUCCCAGUCCCUGCCGAUGAAAAACAUCCCCACAGCAUGAUGCUGCCACCACAAUUCUUCACUGUGGGGAUGGUGUUCUCGGGGUGUUGGGUUUGCGCCAGACAUAACGUUUUUCUUGAUGGCCAAAAAGCUCAAUUGUAGUCUCAUCUGACCAGAGUACCUUCUUCCAUAUGUUUGGGGAGUCUCCCACAUGCCUUUUGGUGAACACCAAACGUGUUUGCUUUUUUGCACGCACCACUUUUCCGUUAUUUAUUUUUUAGAAACAAGUUAUGUUUUUCUUUUCACUUCACCAAUUUGGCCUAUUUUGUGUAUGUCCAUUAAAUGAAAUCCAAAUAAAAAUCAAUUUUAAAUUACAGGUUGUAAUGCAACAAAAUAGGAAAAAUGCCAAGGGGGAUGAAUACUUUUACAAGGCACUGUACAUGUGACCUGGCUGACCCAGAGCUAGUCAGAUCCUCUGUUAACUUUUACACUCUACCCCUUGUUAGUGACAGAGCUGAAGGACACUGUAGUGGCAGCUAGCAGCAGUUCUCUGAACAGUGAGAACCCUUACGCCACCAUUAAAGACCUGCCCGGCCUGCCCUUCGGCCCUCCUGAGAGCAGCUACAUGGAGAUGAGGACGGCCAUGCCCCGUGAGAGGUCCUACACCGAGAUCAACCCUCCACCAUUCAGCACAGCCACACUACGCAGAGGUGGUUUACUGUACAGUUCAGCACCCUUCAAGAUCCUUCCAAUUUAUAUCAGUAGUAUAUACGGAAUAUCUGGCUAUUCUUGUAUGUAAAACAGAAAAACUAUGGAAAAUUCUCUCACUAUGUAAAACGUUUAGGUUUCACAUAGCAUACUCAGAGAAAAUGAAUAAAAUGUUGGACUUAGAAGAACCCUGUGCAAAUAGAAAAUUGUUUGUGGGAUGGAUUGACAAAUAAGAUGGAUGGGUUUCCGUAACACAUGGUUGAAUGGGCAGAACUGUUUUCAUGGAAAUGAGAGGUCAUGUGAGGGAUUAUUAAACCACAGGGGAGAUGUCCUAUGGAUGAUACUAUCCUUAAUUUAGCAUUCACAGUAUUUGAGUAAACAUAAGACAAUCAGAAAUAUAAACUCCAGUAAAUGUAUGACAAUUGCUUACAAUAUGUUUAUUUCACAUUUUUCAGAGCGCAGUUCCCUUGGGCAGGUCCCAGAGCAGGAGCCCCAGAAUCACUAUGACCUACCUGUGAACAGCCACAUCCCAGGACACUACGACCUGCCACCGGUCCGCCGCCCACCCUCUCCCACACGCAGGAGACUGCCCCAAUGA